UGCCUCCUGCCAGCUCUUUUUCGACGAUUCGGCGGCAGAGAUAAGGCCAAGUAGGCGACUCGAGCGAAAAAAGGAAAAAUGACCGACUGCUUCUGUCGGUUGUGAGCCUGGAGCGCUAAUUCCUGGUGUGUUCUAUGGGUUUCUAGUGUGUCUCAGUUGUCCUUGGCGCCUGUAUUUCAGGGCACGGCGUGGAUAAUCGUGCCGAGAAACGCGCAGACAAGGCCAACAACGCCUGCGACGCGACGCCACGACACAACGCAACAAGGUGUCAGUAUAGUGUGUGGGCUCAUUCAUUCAUGUGGAUACUGACCGAGGAUGGAUGAGUAGCCCAUUGGACACUUUAUGUCAUCUUCGCCGUCCGUGCAGCUGAUUUGGUCAUCAUCCGUGCCCUCGGACGUCAUGGCGCCCCACACGACCAGACCUGCACACGGCACGCACAUUCGUGUCUCUCUGCCUCGGUGUUCUGGUGGAUGUGCCGACCGAGAAAGAUGAAGAGCAGCGAAGCGCCCCACGCAGCGAGGCCAGGAAUGUACCACUUCUUGUCCUGGAAGGAAAGUGCGCUGAGCGAGAAAUGAACACACACACACACACACACAGAGACGGGGAGAGAGACACACACAUCUGUGUUCGCGGGCACUUAUCGAGGCUAAAGAAGCAGGAGGACCUGAAGGCCAUUCCGGCGAGAAGCGCUACCAUGCCAAGGGCACCGAAGACAAUCAUGACGAGGCCAGAAGCGAUGGCUUUAUCGAUCAUGGUACAAGUGUCCUAGCCACACAAGGAGGAAAGGGCAGCAAGGAUACUUCCUGUCAUGUAAUGUCUCUUCACCUCCAUUGCGUCCUUGCACUCGCCACCGUCCUUGGAUUCGAAAUGCUCUUUGUACUUGGCGUGUGCUGUCCUGAACGAAUACAGGAGGCAGGCAGGCAGGCAAGCAGGCAGGUAGGCAGGCAUUCAUUCAUCAGCAUCUCGUGCUUCUGCGACUACAUACCUGCAGGCGCAAUAGUCAGUGCCGUCACGGGUCAUGUCGCCGCACUUGGUAUCGUAAUCCUCGAAAAGCUUCUCCCUGUCCCCGCAUUUGCCGUUGGCGGCCUCGCCAUUCGAGGACGUCUCAUAUGCAUCCACCGAAUGCGUCAGCCCGAAGGACUGAAUCUUCUUGUACUUGGGGGUCUUGUUGUCGUACAUGGACUCCCUCCAUGAGUCCGUUGCCAUACCUGCAGCGAUAAAAACGAAAGGCGGCCGGUCGGAAAAGCAACAAAGAGUACACAACCGCGGCUGUGUGCCGGCAGCCUCACCGGCGAUAAGCAAGGCGAGAGCACAUAGGCCUGCAAAGAGCAAAUCAAGAAGAGAAAAGGCACGUCCCUCCUCCCCAUCGUCCCUCUUACCGAAGCCGGCUGCCACGAGUUUGAGCACCCUCGUAGGGGAUGAGCUCUUGUGCUCAACAGGGUUGGUGGGAGUCAUCGGCACCGCGCAGACGAAAGCCUGAGGAAGUCCCAAAGAAAG